AAACUGUGGACAGACAAGCUCUAACCAGCAGGCUCCAAUCUUAGGAACAAAGUGGGCACCCACCGCUGCCUCAGGGGAGUGGAAACAGCAGUGGCAUUGUGAGAUUCAGUUGCUGGCACUGGGAAGGGUGGUGUUCUGGUAUGAUUUCUAGUGCCAGAAUGCCUCUGGGGAGAAAAGUGAGGCCAAGUUCUGCUUCGGGACACUUAGAAACAUCCACACUUAGCAGCAUUCUGAAUGAGUUGAGAGAGACGACAGAUACAACAGACCUUCUGUUUCGACGUGCGCAGACUUCAUUAGGAGGGCGCAGGUUGCCAGCUGCGUCUCCAGUUUCCCUUAGCAGUUUUUCAGAAGCUCGGGAGGAGGAGAUAGAGCAGCUUCCAGAAUGGCUGCUGAGGGAGCUGCUGAAAGGGCAGCAGAGGAGUCACUCCAUUGGACUCAUGGAAAAUAUACUGGAGAGCGAAAGCGUUCGCCAUCGCGUUGACUCAUCCAGAAGCCAAUGGAAAGGAAAGAUUGAGCAGCAAGUAACCCUGGAACAGCUUCAAAAGCUACAUGUGGCCUUUCAGGACUUAGAAAUUAAUGGACAUAAGUAUUUGGAUGUGGAAAACUUCAAGCGCACGUUGAAGAAAUGCAUGGGGUCACAAAAUGCAAGUGAUGAACAAAUAGAAAAGCUUUUCAUGAAAAUUGACUGUUCUGCAACUGGCAGAAUUCGUUGGCAUGACUUCUGCACAUACAUGCAGCUGGAAUAUGCUGAACAACAUGAGUCAUCUGCCCGGUUGAAAGAGGUCUCUUUUGCACUACCUGCCACCAUAAAGGAGAUCCCACAUGGAGAGCCUGUGCUGAAAAUUUGCUCGCUGUUGGAUAGCACAUUGAUAACAGCUCGAGAAGACGGACAUAUUUCCUUCUGGUCACCACAGCUCAAGCUGAUACGAAGCAAGAUGGUGUUUGAGAAAGCCUACAGAAAAUCUAAGUGGUUGAUGGAUUUCACUGUCAUGACACCAUAUAAUAAGUUGAUAUUGGGAACUGGGGAUCGCGAACUUCAGCUCUAUGAAAGCUCCAACUUUGAACCCUACCUUCAAAUUAGUGGUUUAGAAGCUAUACCUUUGAAUGUGGAUUACUGCUACACAGAUCAUGAUGAAUGCAUGAUUCUUUAUGGAGAUGACCAGGGCUGUGUCAAUAUCUUGCUCAUCUGCUCUGUGGGAGAGGUCCUAAGAACGUGGAAAAAGCUGCCCAAAUCAGAAAACCUUCCAAAUAUUAGCCUUGAGAAUGCAGCUCUUUCUCCUAAUAUUACUUACAUCCGUUGGAAAGUUCAUGGAGACUGGGUUACUCAGCUGAAAUACUAUGAUUCUAUUAAAGCAGUCAUUUCUGCUUCAAGCCAUGAGCCUGCAGCUGUAGUAAUAGGUUGCGUUGUGGGAGCAACCAAUGUUGAGCAAAAGAUGAAGGAAAUAAAAGAACACAGGAAAGAUUCCAAGGCAAGGAAAGCACAGUUGGUCCUAGGAUCUCCCUCCCAUAGAGCUGAGGGCGAUCAGAUUGUUUUUCGAGUCCACAAAGGAGUGAAAACAUUUGCACUUAGUAAAAAGAAUAACCUUCUUGUAACUGGUGGGAUGGAUCGAAUCAUUCGGAUGUGGAAUCCCUAUAUGCCUGGAAGGCCAACAGGUAUGCUCAGAGGCCACAUGGCCCCUGUCUUCUAUGUCCACAUAUCUGAAGAGGAUAAAAUAUUCUCCAUGUCAACGGACAACACAGUGAAGAUUUGGGAUGUUGAGGACCAGACUUGCUUAUUCACAGCCUGUUCAAAAAACAGUGGAAUUAAAGGAGAGAUUAGUGCUUGCCACUACAUACCAGGCGUAAGAUCGCUCUGCGUUGCCACGGAUACACUGGCUAUUCUCCAUUUAAGACUACGAUCGCCUCCAGAUCCUCACUUGGUUACUUCCCAUAAGAAGCCAGUUUUGUGCUGCAUGUUCAAUGAAGUGUUCAGGCAUGUUGUGAGCUGCUGUGAGGGUUCUGUGGUCAAGGUGUGGGAUUUUGAUAGCGGAAAGCACUUAUUUGAAUUUGGCAAUGCUCAUGGUGGUUCUGCGGUAACCUGCCUCGCCUUCGAUCCUAGCAGAAGAAGACUAAUCACAGGAGGACGAGAUGGUUGUUUGAAUGUAUGGAAUUACAAUAAUGGGCAUUGCUUGCACACCUUGAAAAGAGGUAAGCAGCAUGCUGACGCAAACAGCCAAAAAAGUUAUGUCUGUAGAAAACUCACACGACUUGGAUGUUGCAAUGCUGCGUUUUUCUUACCUGCAGAAGACAAAAGUGACGAAGUCUGUGACUGCACCUAUGUGGAAGUCAACAAAAACAAGUACAUCAUAGGUGUUGGAUGGGAUCGAAGGAUAAACUUGUUUUAUGAUUCCACAGAAAACUUUCAUCACUUUCAGAAACCUCAAGCCCACUGGCAGGAUGAUAUAAACCGGGGACACAAAGAAGAUAUUUUGUGCAUUGCUCAGUGUCCACCUACUCUCCUUGCAACCUCAAGUUAUGAUGGUGAAAUUAUUGUUUGGAAUAUGAUCUCGGGUCACAUAUGUCAUAAAUUCCACGCUUCGGUUGCCGCUGACACUGUUAGUACCAAACCUGUCGAUGCAAGUGUUAGCCUCGUAAUCUUUCUAAAGACCCGGGCGGUGAAAUUUGAAUCAGCUGCAGCCUCGCUUGUUUCCAAUGGGCCGCAAGGCCAUCUGUAUUUCUGGAGCCUGCGCACUGGAGAUCCACUUAUAGCAAGUUUUGCACCUUCAAGAGGGAAAUCCUUGAUUACCGGCAUUGCCGUGACUGCUGAUGAUUCAUAUUUGUAUGCCGCCGACGAGGAUGGAUACGUGUAUGUCCAUGACAUCAAAGAUUAUGCUCUUCAGGAUCCAGAACAAGAAGCACCAAAGUAUGUGAAUCACUGGAGAGCUCAUUUGAAUCUGGUUCCAUCGUUAGAAGUUAUAGAUGAAGAGAACAUCCUGCUAUCCUGUUCAACUGAUCGCACUGUUCGGUUGUGGAGCCUGGAUGGAGAAUACAUUGGAACCUUUGGCCAAGCAGAACCUUGGGAAAUUUGUACCCCAUCCUCCUGGAAACAUCCUAUGGUUCCUUAUGAAAUCCUGAUUGAUCCUCAAAGUAUGCCCAUUCACCCUGUGCUAGAAGGCAAGCCCUCCGAUUUGCAGCUCACAGAGCAAGAGAAGAGAACUCAGGAUCCUGCCACACCUAAGGAAGCAGUCUCUAAUCCCCGGCUCUCCCCGGCUCCAGUUACCAGCGAGGAAAUCCAAGAUGAAAUUAGCAAGCGUCUUUAUGCAAACACUUCAAGCAGGAGGUUGAAGCAUGAGCGAUCCAAGCUUUUAAACAGACGGGUUAGCCAUGGGGGACCCAACACUUACCGCACAAUCAACUAUUAUGAAAUUGACAGUUUCCCGGGAAACUGUCGGAAGCCUGAUUUGUCUGUUCUUGGUACAGACAUUUUCAGUGCUAAUUACAAAGGAGCAGCUGAGUAGCAAGAAACUGAGGCUGUCAUUUGCCAGGUCACUGGAACCAAGGCCUGCUUAAAAGUCCUGGGGUAAUUUCUUCUGUUGGACUAUUCCCCACCCUUCAGCUAAACUAGCAAAGAAUUUUCCUGACCACAAUCCUCCUCUUUAAAGCUAACAGUGUUGCUGUUCUGUUGUCUCAUCUCACGGAUACAUAUCUCUGCUCAAAUGGACGACAAAAACAUUGAUAGCCCGUAUGGCACAAACUAGAGUUUAGCACAUAUGUUUCACUUUUUUUUUACCGUGAGAGACUUAAAGGCACAUGCUUAAUUCUUCCACUGAAAACUGUUGGCUUUGGGUCUAGGUUCAAGUCAUAAUUUGGGUAGAUGCAUGGAAAAUCAGUGAGACUUAAGUUAGACAUGGCUAAUUUACACUCUAGUCGUUUCCUACUUGAACUGGAAGCUACAUCCAGUC